CAAUGGCGACGUUUGGCUUGCAGUCAUACAGCUAGCCGUCACUUUCCGUCCGAUCACCGCCGUCAACUUUACUACUUCAUAUUCCUCAAUGCUAUAAUCUUAUCUCUAACUCUUCUUUUACCAGGUUGAAAAUGUCAAUUUCGUCAACCCCACAAACUACAGUAAUCCCUGACAAUCACACAGUUCUAGGUUGUGGAAUGGCCGCAGUGGAUUUCCUUGUUGCAGUCGAUUCUUAUCCUAAGCCUGAUGAUAAGAUUCGAAGCACAAGUUUUCAGGUUCAAGGAGGUGGUAAUGCAGGGAAUGCUUUGACUUGUGCAGCUCGUUUGGGUCUAUCUCCAAGAAUUAUAUCAAAGGUUGCAGAUGAUUCUCAAGGGAAAGCAAUACUGGAAGAGUUAGAAGCUGAUGGGGUUGAUACAUCAUUUAUGGUGGUUUCCGAAGGGGGCCAUUCGACAUUCUCUUACGUCAUUGUCGAUAGUCAAGCGAAAACUCGCACUUGCAUUUACACUCCAGGAAACCCACCCAUGGUACCUGAGGAUUUAUCCAAGUCGGAUUUGUCAUCAGCUCUGGAUGAUGUGAGACUUGUAUAUUUUGAUGGAGUAUUGCAAGAAACUGAAUUGGUAUCAGCUUUAGUUGUGGCCCGGGAGGCACAUCAGAGGAAUAUACCUAUUGUAAUUGAUGCAGAAAGUAAAAGAGAAAGGGUAGAUGACCUUCUAAACUUGGCAACUUAUGUCGUUUGCUCAGCGAGAUUUCCACAGGCAUGGACAGAGGCUCCUUCAGUCCAAGAUGCUCUUGUUUCUGUACUUCUAAAGUUGCCUAACGUCAAAUUUGUAAUUGUGACGUUGGGUGAAGAUGGCUGCAUGAUGCUAGAAAGAGCUGAAGCUGAGGAUCUCCAGUCUGAAGAAAUUGAUAUCGAUGACUUGUUCAAGAAAAUGAAGCAGAGUAUUGAUACCGAAUCAAGCACUGCAACAUGCAUAUCCUCGGAUAUUACAAAAUUGCAUCCAAAAGGCAUUGGUACAGUGAGUGGGAAGCUGCUUCUUGGAACAGCUGAAAAGAUACCGCCAUCAGAACUAGUCGAUACAACUGGUGCAGGUGAUGCAUUUAUUGGAGCAGUUUUGUAUGCUCUCUGUGCCAAUAUGCCACCAGAAAGAAUGUUGACGUUUGCUUCUCAAGUGGCGGGUAUUGGGUGCAGAGCAUUGGGAGCAAGAGCUGGUCUUCCCCAUCUAACAGACCCUCGCUUGAGACCCUUUUUAGUGAACGAUCCCCAAAACGUGGCCACAUUGCUCUAGAGAAAACACAAGUAAAAGUUAUUGUCAACUUGGGAUGUUUCUUUUAAUCUUUUCCUUGUCUAUAUUCUGCUUCAUUUGUAACAUUUUAUGUGAGUCUUUGACCAUUGAGCACAAGGCUUUCAAACCUUAUAGAAAAACUAGAAUUGUAAUAACCUGUUGGCUGUUACCAUUUUUUUUUUUUUUUAAUUUCUUAUAAUUAGAUCCUUGAUUACUUCU